AUGGCUUUGAAUCUUGAGAAGCAGCUACUCUUUUAUGGCGCCUACCACAAUAAUCCCGUGAAUGUUGCGAUUCACAUGACAUGCGUCCCGAUACUUCUCUUCACUGGCGUUGCCCUGGCAUCUAACACACCAACCCUCAUCCCCACGCCUGAGGCUUUGCAGGUUGAGAAUCUGCCUCUCAACCUUGGGACGAUCGCUGCUAUAGUAUACUCGACGUUUUACAUCCUUUUGGAGCCCGUAGCAGGUGCCCUAGCGACGCCGCUCAUCAUCGGCAGUGCAGCCGGUGCGAAUCACCUUCUCAGUACCUACGGCACGAGCGCCAACUACUGGUUUGGUGGCAUUCACGUGGUUUCGUGGUUGGCGCAAUUCGUCGGCCAUGGUGCCUUCGAGAAACGGGCCCCUGCACUGCUGGAUAAUCUGGUGCAGGCUCUGCUGCUCGCUCCCCUUUUCAUCUGGAUGGAGAUUCUGUUCUUCUUCGGGUAUCGCCCCGAGCUGAAGAAGAGGUACCAUGAGAGUGUGAACAAGGAGGUCGCGGCAUUCAAGGCCCAGCAGAACAAGGCAAGCAAUUGA